AUGAUCAUCUUGACCAACUUGGAGCAGGGGCAUCCAGCCAUACGCAAGAUAGCAAAGCUUUUCUUCACGAUUCCACAGGCCUUGGUCACGACCACGUUACCAGUACCGCCAUGUCACACGCCCGCGUCUGCGUCCGAUCGCGCGGCUGACCCGCUACCUUCCACCGCCAUGGCAUAUCUCGGUCCUAUAUAUCCUCCUCUCUCAUGGACCCCUCCAACCGGCGAGACGUCCUUCCCCAGUGUCGAGCCUGCUGAAGGGACGAACGUAUCUACUACACUGGAAUGUCAAAAGCGGCAAGAGUGUCAGUACGGGUCCGGAGCUGUCGCUUUACCUGCCCGACCCUUUGAACUGCCUGUCUCGAGCUCAGAAACUCAGGGAUCUGCGAAUAGCUCCGACGACAUCCUUACUGCAAAUACCGUUCAGUCUGCCGUAGAGGCUGGGAGCCACCAAGUUGACUCGUGCUCGAGGCUUAUGGCCGGUUCUGAUGACACCGUCGAGCUCUAUUCUACUCCUGCUACAGGAAUCUCUGGCUCAGUUACCUCGAAUACUACUGCAGUAUCUUCUCAGCAAGAGUCACUUGUGCUGCGGACGCCUUCUGAGCUCGAGGCGGUUAAUGAAGUUCCGGAGAACGCCAGUAUCGUCUCCGGCGGGCUACCUGAUGAAGUACAGACGGUUAUCUUGAAGUCUUCUGCGAAACCGUUACUAGAGGAGACUCACGAGUCUAUUCAUGUGGGCCAAAGGGCUGACGACGAACCGUUACCACCGCAUACGUCACCGGAGCCAACUAUUGGGCCUGAUCCGCGCCCUGGGUCUGUGUUUUUGACUGCUCCUGCCUAUCUGCUUCCUCCAGACCAAAGCACUAUUGUCGCUACCACCACUGAUGGCCCCGAGAAGGUCUCUUCCAGCGCCUCUGAAUCGUCUGACUCUGGCCCUCAGGCUGCUGAUCAGUCACAAGUUAGUGCGCAUACACCCACUAAGAACUCUCCAGGACCGAGUCUGCAUGCUCCCUCUCCCUCUGCUCCCAUAUCAUUACUGCGCUAUGCGCCUACGAUGCUUGCUGAUUCCAGCUUAUCUAUCUCUUCAAGCUCUUCGUCUGCUGCUAUUCACUCUGGCGCCGCUGCUCCGGUGUCUAUUGAUGCUUUGUCCUCGGCAUUUCCUCCCGUGAAUUCCCCUGCUGUUACUGACAACGAUUCUGCUCUUCAACGUACCGAGGGUGCUCCAGCGGAUCUUCCUCUGCUUACCCUGCAUGCCGCCUCGGAUGCGCAUAUACCUGGUCCUUCGGAUGUCCCUCCUGAUGCGCACUCUGAACUUUCGGCGCAUAUAGCGACCUCUGUAUCUGUAGAUCUGGCAACUUCUCGGGAACCGCCACACGCCUCAUCUGGGAAGCCUGUAGCUUCUGUCCUGCCGGUGUCACCGUCUUCUUCAUUUCUCUCGACGCCUCCUGAUAUAGACGCCUUGCCUGCGGAUGCACCCCCUCGUCCUCUGGACCUAUGUGUUUCUUCUGAAAUCUCAAGUGCUUCAUUCUCGCAUGCUGCUGGCCCCGUACCAGAGAGUACUAUUGCUUUAUCUGACGAUCGUACUGCUACUGAACUACCUGCUCUCCCUGCUCCCCUGCCGCCCAAGGAAGCGCAUACUGAUUCAACAUGUGGUAUAGAAGACAUCGCGCAAACCGAGAUCGCUGAACGUUCUGUACUUCCAACCGCUAUGGAGCUUCACUCGGACCUGGAUGUACACUCUACUGAUCCUGCUCGUAUCGGACCUGACGACGGUACCGCACUUUCUCCCGCGCAAUUAUCUGAAUUUGCCCUUUCCGACUCGGUUACACCGACGAAUUGUCCUGUCCCUGUGGUGACUGUUCCAGAACCUGCAGUACCUCCAGAGGCCGCGACCGAACACUUGCAUGCUCCCGCCGCUCGCCACUCGGACGAGGCUCUGGAACUUGUUUCUCAUUCCGUCCCUGCUGCUGUCAACGCGAUCCCGGCGAUACGCGGCCCUGGAAACAAGGACAGUGGACUCUCCUCUAUCAUCGGUAAUCAAGGCACAGGCGAAAGUAUAGACUCGCACAUAUCCCGCACCGAGGACAGUGUCGAUGUCACCCCCGCUGUGGAAUUCGAGAUAGACGAAUCUUCUGCGUAUCUGGUCCUCGACCUCCCGCAAUCCUCGCCCCCGCCAUCUUCCAGCCCUCCGGCCUUGUUCACGUCCCCGCCUAUGGUUUUCGCAAGUUCCUCAAGACCCACUAGUCCUAUGGACCUAGACGGGGAACCCAAGAUGAAGAACAGCUUGCGUGACGAAAAAAUAACCUUUGACGUAGCCGAUGAACACUAUCCGCUGAUACAGGACGAACAGCUGGAGGACAGAAGUGCUCCAGCCUUAAAUUCGCCGGCGCCGUUGUCCCCACCUUUUCCAAUUCAGGAGGCUUUGGUACCGCCUAGCUCCCCGCCGAGUGCGGUUGCUCCGUUUACUUCCUCGCCUCCGAGUUCACCUGCGCGAUCACCAUCUAUGUACACGCAAAGCUCACCUCCGAGGAGGCUGGGCAAAGAAGGGGAAGAAGAUGAGAAGGAUUCGAGUGUUGGAAGGAAGAGACGGCACGGGAGCGAGGAGCUCGAGGACGAAAGGGCAAAGAGAGCGAGAAUUGAAGGGGACAGGGCCGCCCCGAAGAGGUUGACGGUGCAGGGCCAGCGGAGGGAACUUAGGAAGCUGAAGAAACCGUUCAGGAGCCCAGUGAUCAUCGGCGGGGAAACACCGAGCGGCGAAGAUACCAAGGGUAAAGAAAAGCAGAAAGGUGGGGAAGCGCGAAAGGGUCAGCAUAAGCAGGUUGAGAGGGUCAAGCGAGACGCAGCGAGCUUGGAAGCGGACGCCGGACGGAAGAGCACCAAGUUCGCGGUGUCGAAGAGGGCUGCGGGGCAGUUCAAGUCGCCGCUGGCUCCGACGGCGCCCGCCGCGUCGUCUUCCAGCUCGCUCCUUCGCCCGGCGGCGGUCAGCGGCGUGCGCCUGACGCCGACGAUCCAGUCGUUAGAGCGGAAGCUGCAGGUGACGAAGCGCGCGGUGAAGAUCCUCGAAGACGGCGAGAGAGACGGGUUGCGGGACCUGGCGAAGAAGUGGAGGGAGGUGGGGAGGGAUGUUGCGUGGGAGGUGUGGAUGCUGGUGAAGGAUCAGGUCAACAACGGAGACGGCGCGGCGGGGAGUAGCGGCGGGUGGGGAUACGACGGGCAGAAAGAGUAUGGCUGGGAUAACGAGGCGGGGAAAGGGGACGAGGACGGCGCGAAGGGGCGAUAUGAGGUGGAGGAGGAGGAGGAGCGGCGGGAAGAGACGAUGGGGAGCAUGCUGAGGAAGAUGGGCAUUGCGCCGGAGACACUCGGCUGGGACGAUGACAGGGAAGAGUGGGUCGACGAGUGCAACACGAUCGAGACGUGA